AUCAUGACAUCUACAUUUGGUACUACUGCCAUAUCCUCAGGUAAGUACAUACACAGUGACCUCUUUUAAUAUUCCCAGGUGCCAGCACAGUGCGAAAGACCCUAAGAAGUACGUAGUAGGCCCUGAGGGGCCCACAAGACAUGUUGCAGGCUGACCUGAUCAGGUCAUGCAAGCCUAUAUAAUGUCGCAAUCCAACCCCAUACCACAUUAAACUAAUGUCUCGUCCUGACAUGGACCUGUUGAAUUCGUUGUCCACCGAACUCUCUCAGCGGCUCGAGGAGCUCAUGGACCAAGCCCUGCUCAGCUUUAUACAGCCAAAUCCCGCAUCUCAGUUUGCUCAGCAUGCUCCCGAGUUGGAAAAAUUCCGCGAGGCUAUUGCGCAGAGAAAUUCGAACGAUGAUGCAGAAUUUCUGCGCAGCUUCCGAGAAUUCAUUCCCACCACAAACUACGAUCCUUACAGGCCGUACAUAGCAAAGUUUUUUGCGACCCAUUGCAACGAGUCUGACGUAAAGAACUUGUUCACCCUAGGACUUCCCUACUGCUUAGCCGUGUCCAGCCUGACAUCUGGCAAAUCAGCAAAGACAUUUCCAAUAUAUCGACCUUCCCCGCACAUGUCGCAUCACCCUCUGUAUCUGUCGCUUCCCCACUCAGAGGGUAGUGCCCUAUCACCAUCCUCUUUAGGUCUUUGGCGAGCCCUGAACAUGUAUUAUGAAGGCGAUCGUAGCUCCAAGAUGUUGCCGGUCUGUUCGGUGACAGUCGAAUUUCUGCGAAUCCAAAUGGACUGGCACGUCAAGCACGACAAGGACAUAAUUUAUUUAUGGGUUCCGGCAAAACCUGAUCCAUACGCGAUUUCCUUGGUGAAGAGCUAUCGCGCUUUCUUCAUUCUGAAUACGCUAUUUGCACUCGCAGACAGUCGGGUCACAACCAUUCGAUUUCUCUUCGCCAGUGUAUUCAUCAAUUUUUUGCAAUACAUAGAGGAUGAGUGGCCUCCACUCAUCGACUGCAUCGAGAAAGGGAUUAUCUCGGACAUGGAAAACAUGGACCAUGUGCGAGAAUCCUUGGAGAAACAUUUUACUCCAAACCCUCUUCGUGCUGCCGAACUUCGCGAAAUUGGGCCUCCUGGAAUCCAGGGCUGGGCAGUCCGUGUGUGGCAUGACUCGACAAAGCUCAUUAGGAUCACUAGAGAUCCCGCUGCUGCAUCUGUUCCAAAGGCACGUCAAUUGUGGAAAGUCUACUACUCAACUGACGGUCAGCGACGCAAGGUCACUCACGUCCUCGGGCGUUCUGUUACCAUGCAGUCUCCUUGUUAUGGCAGUUCAGAAUGUUGUAUCUCCAUACCACAUUUCAACGGCGACCCUAACACCGACUUCAAGGUGGUACCCGUAGAUGGGGUCACCGAGUAUCUGGACGUGCAUUCCAACGAGUCUUCGGAGCGUGUAUUGUCCGCCAUAAGAACCGUUCACUGCAUCCCAGCUUUAUCUGCUCAUCUUUGCUGCAGUGGGAGCUUGUGACUGGAGGGUAUUAUGAACCCGUCUUGACGACACGCACCAAUGCGGUAUCUCCACAAGCUAUGAUGGCUUGUGGAUAUACCGCAUUGGCGAUGUGGUCACCGUCAAAGGUUUUGCGCCAGAUGACGGAUUACCCGUCAUCAAUCACCUUCAUA